AUGCUAGCUUGGAUACAGAGAAAGGAAGUAUGGGACGUAGCUGUAAAGAGAUUAGCUUCUACAGUAAAACGACUAAAAGCUGAGAAACUGUAUGAUGCUUAUGGAGAAGUUUUUAGUGAAUGGGAACAAGAAGGCAUCAUAGAAGAAGUACCAAAAAGCGAAAUUGAUGUAACAUGCCAUUAUCUGCCACAUCGACACGUAGUAAAAGAAAACAGUACUACACGAAUCAGGCCAGUGUUUGAUGCCUCGGCCAAACAAAAAGGAUCCCCUAGUCUCAAUGAUUGUCUAGAAAAAGGUCAGAACCUUAUCGAACUGAUUCCUUCAAUUCUUCAUAGAUUCCGAAUGAACAGAAUAGGAGUUUCUGCAGAUAUACGAAAAGCAUUCUUACAAAUAAGUCUCAACCCUAAGGAUAAAGACUAUCUAAGAUUCUUAUGGUAUAGAACUGAUGGAAAACUGAAGUAUUACAGGCAUUGUAGGGUAGUAUUUGGAGUUACAAGCAGCCCUUUCUUGCUAGUUUCUGUAAUUCACCAUCUUCUAGAAUCCACUUUGAAACAACUAAAUGGAAACCCAAAAGAGAUUUUAGCUACUACACACAAAAUAUUCGACCCUUUAGGAAUAGCUUGCCCCGUAACUCUUGUGCCGAAACUUUUACUUCAGCAGCACCUAUGGGAAGUUAAGUUAUCUUGGGACCAAGAAGUUGAUUCAAAUUCAAAAUCACAAUUUUGUAAAUGGUUGAAUGAUUUGCAGUGUCUGGAAAGAAUGAGAAUACCAAGAUGGUUAAACUGUGAUCGUGAGAUUGAAAAUAUCUCACUUCAUUUCUUCAGUGAUGCGAGUAAACUUGCAUAUUCAGCUGUGGCCUUUGUUCGAGUACAAACAAGAGAUUCGGUUCAAGUUCAUUUGGUGCAAGCUAAAGCGAGAGUUGCACCCAGCGGAAGGAAAAAGACAACAAUAGCUCGAUUGGAACUUCUUGGAGCUACAAUAUGUGCACGUUUAGCAUCCAGCAUAAUACCUGAAUUUCAAGCUGAUGAUAUUUGUUUUUGGACAGAUUCGUCUACUGUGCUAGCUUGGAUACAGAGAAAUGAAGUAUGGGACGUAUUUGUUCACAACAGAAUUAAGGAAAUAAAGCGACUGACUUCUAUUGAAUCCUGGAGGCACGUACCAGGAUCACUGAAUCCUGCUGAUUUGCCCAGUAGAGGAUGCUCUGCUUCUUAUUUAAUUAAAUCCAGAUGGUGGGAAGGACCUAAAUGGCUAUAUUUAUCACCUGAAAAAUGGCCAAAAGAAGAUUUUAGUGCUGAUGAAGAAGAAAUAGCUCUUGAGAAAAAGAAAAGGAUUAUUUCGUCCUUAAUAAAUCUUAAUGCUAGUGAAAUAGUUGCUACUAGAUUCUCAAGUUAUCGUAAGACAAUCAGACUGGUAGCGUGGAUGUGUCGUUUUGUUUACAACUGUAAACAUCAAAACAAGAAAAAAGGAUGA